CUUCCGAGGGCGGAGGGCAUGGCGAAGACUGUGGCUUAUUUCUAUGAUCCCGAUGUGGGCAAUUUUCAUUACGGAGCAGGACAUCCCAUGAAGCCACAUCGGUUGGCAUUAACGCACAGUCUGGUGCUACAUUAUGGACUCUAUAAGAAGAUGAUUGUAUUUAAGCCAUAUCAAGCUUCUCAGCAUGACAUGUGUCGCUUUCAUUCAGAAGAUUAUAUUGACUUCCUUCAGAGAGUCAGUCCUAACAACAUGCAAGGAUUCACCAAAAGCCUCAAUGCUUUCAAUGUAGGAGAUGACUGCCCUGUGUUUCCGGGACUAUUUGAAUUUUGUUCUCGAUACACUGGAGCUUCCUUGCAAGGAGCAACACAACUGAAUAAUAAGAUUUGUGAUAUUGCAAUUAACUGGGCUGGAGGCCUGCAUCAUGCCAAGAAGUUUGAGGCUUCUGGGUUUUGUUACGUCAAUGACAUCGUGAUUGGCAUUUUGGAGCUUCUCAAGUACCACCCACGUGUGCUUUACAUUGAUAUAGACAUCCACCAUGGAGAUGGUGUUCAGGAAGCUUUUUACUUGACAGACCGUGUCAUGACAGUAUCUUUUCACAAAUAUGGGAAUUACUUUUUCCCUGGUACAGGUGACAUGUAUGAAGUUGGAGCUGAGAGUGGCCGCUAUUACUGCCUCAAUGUACCUUUGCGGGAUGGCAUUGAUGACCAAAGUUAUAAACACCUCUUCCAGCCAGUCAUUAAUCAAGUGGUAGAGUUCUAUCAGCCAACUUGCAUAGUGCUGCAGUGUGGUGCUGACUCCUUAGGCUGUGAUCGCCUGGGCUGCUUUAACCUCAGUAUAAGAGGACAUGGGGAAUGUGUGGAAUAUGUAAAAAGUUUCAACAUUCCUCUUCUGGUAUUAGGAGGUGGUGGCUAUACAGUUCGCAAUGUGGCCCGAUGCUGGACUUAUGAAACAUCUUUGCUUGUAGAUGAAGCAAUUAGCGAGGAGCUUCCAUAUAGUGAAUACUUUGAGUACUUUGCUCCAGACUUUACUCUCCACCCUGAUGUCAGUACUAGAAUUGAAAAUCAGAACUCAAGGCAGUAUUUAGAUCAAAUACGGCAGACAAUAUUUGAGAAUUUGAAGAUGCUGAAUCAUGCACCCAGUGUCCAGAUCCAUGAUGUCCCUUCUGAUCUUCUGAGUUAUGAUCGCACAGAUGAGCCUGAUCCAGAAGAGAGAAGUUCGGAAGAUAAUUACAGCAGGCCGGAAGCUUCCAGUGAAUUCUAUGAUGGUGACCAUGAUAAUGAUAAAGAAAGUGAUGUUGAGAUAUGAGGUCUGAAUCCUGUAAAUUUAGACUAUGUGAAAUGGUCUGGAUGGUGAUACUCUAAGGAAGCAAGAGGUUCCAGUAGAAAGACUCUGUUCUUCAUACCUGUUUUCUGAAGUGAUGUCAGCAGGACUGGUAGAUCAUGGAAUUGCUUGAGCACAAAGGGCAGUGUUUCCACUUGACCUGAUCUUCUUCUGCCAUUAUUUGUGGGAAUCAGCAUUCAUAACGUCAGGCUCAUAUACAUAUGCUUUGUUGUUCGGUGACCACCUCCAAUUCUCAUUCUGCAACAACCGUCACUCUUCACAAGGCUACCACUCUUCAAGGAAGGACAGGAAGCACUAUUGUAUUUUGAACCAUUUUUCUUACUUUGAUUAUCCUGAAGCACCUAAUUUGAAAUCUGCAGUAAAAAACUCACUCACAUGGUCAGAUUUUCAGCCUUCUGUUGCAGUAACUCAGAUAAAGGGAGAAAUCAGAUAAUGUUGGUGGGUAUUUUGCUUAGCUAUAAUAAGAGGUGAAGGAGUCAUGUAUGAAGCACUCCAAUCAUGGGGGUUCUUUUAGAAGUUAUCUUUUGUCACUCCUUCUGCUUGGGGAUACUAUGUAUUGCAUGACAAUAUUGUGCCAGCAGAGAAAUUAAUGCUGAAUAUUUUGCAAUAUUUGUGACUUUUAUGCACUACAGCAGAUGUCUACAGCUUAUUGGACAUGCUUCUGUUUUUGCUUCAGUGAAGGUAUAAAGAUGGUUAAUGAGAAGAGUCCUGGACCAAAAGUUAACACUCUUCAGUGUGUCUUCUGCUAUCUGUUAACUCCUAAAAGUCCUAUGUUUUGAGUUUGGGUAUUAUCCAUUCUUGAAUUCUAAAAGAAAGAAAUUCUAGAUAUUCAUUACAGAAAAAUAUAUUCCCUCUCCCUUUUUGCCCCAUUCAUCACUGUCCUGAUUCUUGAAGUACCCUUUGAGCUGAAGUGGGAAGAGAUUUCCCAACCUUAAUUCCUCCUGCAGUCAUCUAAUGUGGGCUUAAAUCUUUUUAACUAGAGUCUUAAACUACAUGUGCUGAAGAUAGUUGUCAACGCUUUGAGACGUUCUUUGCAACUAAAAUGACAAAGAGGCAGUUGCCAUUUUCUUCCUUAUAUUUUACUGGUGGGCUUAAAAUAUUAAACACGAUAAUAUUUUCUUA